AUGUGCAUGUCUCAUGCGGAUGUAACCGAAGCCUUAUGCAGAAUAGAAACUCCGACAAAAAGCAGUUUUCGACAUCACGGUGGAUUUUGCGGGUUCCUGCACGUUGGGUAUGGAGGUGCUGCUCCUCGUGUACCCGGCAGCAUCGGUCUUGACAUGGGCAAAAACAUGAACAAAGUGCUCAAAGUAGACGCAGACAGUGCUUAUGCUCUUGUUGAGCCCGGCGUUUCUUUCUUUGACUUGCACCAAUACCUUGUUGACCAUGACCUGCGAGACAAGGUCUGGGCCGAUUGUCCUGACUUGGGCGGCGGCUCUGUCAUUGGCAACACUAUGGAGAGAGGCAUUGGUUAUACUCCUUACGGAGAUUACUGGAUGAUGCAUUGCGGGUUGGAAGUUGUUCUUCCCGACGGAUCAUUGGUAAGAACAGGCAUGGGUGCUUUGCCGAACCCAAAAGCAGACAAGAACGCGCCGCCCCACGAGCAAGAGCCGAAUGAGUGCUGGCAACUGUUUAACUACGGUGUUGGCCCGCAUCACGAUGGAAUCUUUUCUCAAUCCAACAUGGGCAUUGUAACAAAGAUGGGCGUUUGGCUCAUGCCCAACCCGGGUGGCUCGCAGACGUACAUGAUCACCUUUCCCCGAGAUGAUGAUCUAAAUCGCAUUGUCGAGAUCAUGCGGCCCUUGCGAGUUUCAAUGGUUAUCCAGAACGUGCCAAAGCUGGACAAUAUCCUUGUCAGCGCGGCUAUGGAGGGGACUCGCAGCUCUUAUACCGAGUCCAAGGAGCUUCUAACGGAUGCUGAUCUUGAUGCCAUUGCUGAGAAGCUAGGCCUUGGCCGCUGGAACUUUUACGGUUGCAUAUACGGACCGCCAGAGGUGCGCGAAGUUCUCUGGAAGGUCAUUAAAGGCGCCUUCAGCCAGAUCCCGGGUGCCAAGUUCUACUUCCCCGAGGACCGGCCUCACGACAAGGCGCUGCAAACGAGAAAGAAUACAUUUGUGGGAAUCCCGUCUAUCACUGAAUUGGACUGGGUAUCGUGGCUGCCAAAUGGUGGGCAUCUCUUCUUUGCACCCAUCGCCAAGCUCACAGGAGACGAUGCCGAGGCUCAGUACGAGCUGACGCGCCGUCGCAGCGAGGAGUUUGGUUUUGAUUUCCUCGGCGCAUUCCUUGUUGGUGUGCGCGAGAUCCAUCACAUUGUUUGCAUCCUCUUCGAUCGAGAGGACCCCGAGAUGCGCACUCGCGCACACGAACUCAUCAAGCUUUUGAUUCAGGAAGCGGCGGAUCGUGGAUGGGGAGAGUAUCGUGCCCAUCUGGCGCUGAUGGAUCAGGUCGCGGGCACUUAUAACUUCAACGAUAGUGCGCACAUGAAGCUGAGCGAGAAGAUUAAGGAUGCACUUGAUCCGAAGGGUAUCCUCUCCCCUGGCAAGAAUGGCGUGUGGCCCACAACAUACAAGCAAUAUAUCAAGCAGAUUUAGAAUGAUG